UAAACUGACAUGCAUACCUUUAAAAAAAGAAGCUCUAUUGUCAUUACUCACUGGUUUUAAAGAGAUGAUUUAGGGAUAAAUUGCACACAUUAGGCCUAUUUAUUAUAAGCACUGAUUUUCCGCGGCAGGUUCACGUGAGAUGCAACAUCAAAGGCUUUAUUGCGUUAUACACACCAUCAGCAGCUACGUCUUGCAAAUGUCAAGGCGUUGCAGAAAGAGGAAGAUCAAGUGAGCUACACGACACACACAGUCAAGUGCUUACAAGUUCCCACAAGUGCCUCACGGAGAGGUUUCAGUCGCCACGGGUUUCCAAAGAAGACAGUUGCGCGCAAAGGGGAAUCAUGAAGGACCAAAGCUGUACUGAUGAAAUUACACAAAUCUUCCAAGAGGCUCCGUCGGCGAGACGAGCCCUGUUGGACAACUACGACAACCUGAUGAAGGUGGCUGAAUACUGCGAGAGCAACUACCUGCAGGCAGGUGCAGAUGCGGUCAAGGCCCUGGAGGAGACUAAGAACUUUACCACCCAGUCUCUGGCCAGUGUGGCCUACCAGAUCAGCACCCUGGCCUCCAACGUCCUCAAGCUGCUAGACGCACAGAACUCCCAGCUCAGACACAUGGAGUCUUCUGUCAACCUCAUCGGACAGACAGUGGACAUGCACAGAGAGAAGGUGGCCCGGAGAGAGAUCGGUGCUUUCACCACAGCCAAGAGGGUUCCUCGCAGUCACAAAAUAAUCCCCCCGGCAACAGGCAAGGAGCCCAAACCCAAGUACACCCGUAGUCCCAUCGCCUACUCUGACCUGGACACACUGGGACAUGGCAUGAAGGAUUCUGGUAAGCUGAUGGGGAAAGCAGGGUCAUCAAAACGCAAACAUGGCGGCACAAUCAGCAGGAGCACUUCCAGAGCACCCCCAGAGCCUGUCCAGUGUCCCAUAGCCCCCUCUCUGUCUCGAGGGGCGUCCCUCACCUCUCUCAAUGAUCGCUCCAUUGGGUCCAGCUUCGGCAAGGCCGUGCCUCCCCCCGUGGUCCCCAGCUGGCCCGCGUCACCUGACUCUGACAUCAUCACCACCCUGCUGGAGGAGGCCCCGCCCCCACCACCGCCCCUGUCUCUGAUGGAGGAUGGUGACGCCGCCAUGACAGCUGCGGCCCCUCUUCCUCCUCCUCCCAUGGCGCCUCCUGCCUCCUCUCUGGAUGUCCCUCCUCUGGCCCCCACCACCACAACCAGCACCCCUGAACCUGCCCAUACCAGCCUAGCCUGCAUCCCCCCUCCCCCUGCCCCACCCCCACUGGAGACUGUGGCUGAAGAGAACGGCUUCCCGCCCCCAAUGCCACCACCAUCUGACGAGCCUCUCCCGCCACCAGCCAGUGAGGGCCUGGAGCUCCCUGACCCGCCCCCUCCACCGAGUGAUGAAGUGGAUGAAGCUCUGCAGCCCAGGCGGCCUCGUGUACGUCGUCACCCCCCCAGCUCGCGCUCCAUGUCCCUCAGGGUCCGCACGGGCCCUAGCUCUCGCUCGCUCUACACUCGCUCGCUCUUCCUGCCAACCAUCCAAUCACUCAUGAUCCCUCCUCCCCCUUCAUACCCUCCUCCUCUCGCCCCUCCCGUGUCGCUGAGCCCCCUGUCCAGCCUGCCCGCCCGCCUUGAUCACCUGGAUCUGGUGAUCCCAGCCCCGCCUCCUCCACCUUUUACCGACAGUGUGGGUGGCUUUGAUGACGUCAUGCCACCCCUACCUCCCCCUGCUGAUUAUGACACGACUGGCCCUACAGACUUUUUAGAGAAAGUGGUGGCUCUGUACAGCUACAACUCAGGGAAGCCUGGCGACCUGAUGUUCCAGGAGGGAGAAGUCAUCUACCUGAUCAAGAGGAAUGAAGACGGCUGGUGUGAGGGAACGCUCAACGGAGUAGAGGGAUUCUUCCCUGGGAACUACGUAGAUUCCUUCACCAACUAAGAUAUUAGACCACUUAAAGGUAGACUCAGCGAUAUAACGUAUAUGCAGAAAGUAAACAGCACAGUGGGUCAAUUUCCGCGACAACUAAGAGUUUUGAAGCCCGAGGCUCAACUUGUCCUCUGUUUUGGUCUUGUGGCUACCAUGUUGUAAAAGCGUGAAGUGCACCCGUGCACGUGCGCAGAUACCGUGUGUGACCGUGUGAGAGCGGAGUCGUGCAUCUCGGCUUAUCGCAAUAUCUGCGGUGCUGCUCGUGGCAAUGUCAUUUCGCUUAGUCUACCUUUUUAAUAUGAAGAGUGAAAGUCGGCUCUGUCCACAAACAACCCCUAACCCUAAACCCUAGGUCUACCUAGGCACUUUAUGUUGAUCAGGAAGAAUUGAACGGGUGUAAACAUACAUACUCACAUCAUUGGUAUAAGAAAUAACUAUUGUAGCUUUAUCUGUCCCUUUGAUAGGCCAGGUGGAAUUUCAAUCAUAUUGCCUGUCAGGUAUAGAGUUUCGGGCUAGUGGUUGUUGAGUUGUUUCUUGACGGGGCCGUGGUCAACUGUAGAAAGACCUCUACUGACCCCUACUGGUCAUAGUAAUAUGAACGGAAAAUAAGGCAAUAUUUCCACUUGGAAUGAUGACAGGACUCUGAAAUAUAGCCACUAUAUGGCGCGAUGGGCUAGUUAUAUAUUACCAAGAGGGUCACUAGGUAGGACGACUUAAUACCUGCUAUCUUUCAACCAAGACUAGAUCAAAUAUAAAAAGUCAGCUUGCUUAUUAACCAUUGAAGGUAGUGAAUACUUGGGAAAUGCUUUGCAAGUUAUACAAUAGCUCUAUGUCCCGUUCAGUAUUGUUUUACAAGUACUGUAGUACCAGUACAUGAGCUACUGUUGUGCUCAGUAGGACAAGCCCUAAACGCUGUAUAAUGAUGUGGUAAAGUUGCUUCCGUUUUUUUGUCAAUGUGACCAGCCACUGUUUGCUGCUGCAGUUUUUGGCUCUGCAGGAUGAUAUUGGUGACUUAAUUAGACUUGCACUAAUAUAUUUUGUAAUAUUCAAACUCAGAUGAAAUAAUAUAUGGAUUAUAGAGACAAUUCUCGGAGAAAAUAUGUGUAGGAAUUCUGUUACGAGGUGAAAAUAUUUGACUGGCAGUGAGGUCAUAUGAGAUUGAGAAAUGUAAAAGUGAUUUUAAACUUGUUAAUGUGGUCAGUUAGUUUCAUUUUUGAUGUUUAGUGUAUCCUUUGAGGUUGAACAAUGUUUCAUUUUACAUGUCUGUCAAUAAAAUGCGUAGCUUUUCCAAAUCAAAUUUCCUCAAGUUCUCAUGCUUAAUCUAGAGACCAACUAUAGAACAAAAGACUACUACUGCGUGUGCCAUGAAGAGCGUUAAGAGGAGUAACAAACUAAGUCCAUGUCAUUUUGUUGUCUUAUUCUAAUGCUAAAACAACAUGAUACAGUAACAUUGUGCCUUUAAACAGAAACGGAUUGCUAUAAACCUGUUACCUUAACCCUCAGUUCAAUAGCACACCCGUUGUCAGAUAAGACACACAGACAUUACAGUACACAUACACUCAGGUCUUCUAUAUUCACACACACACACACACACAGUACCCAUAGGUUCAGGUCCUUAUUGAUUUCCGUUGAAUUCCCAGGUUCACUGAAAGCGGCCUGCUGGCUUUAAGGUUUCAACUGAGGUGUGCGGGUGUUAACGUCACAAGAUGCCGAUACAAGAGUCUUUUUACUUUUUAGAAAUCUUCAUCCCGAUGAUCACAUUUGGCAUCACCAUCAUCUGCUGCACAGCCUUCUGUAAGGCCUUCCACCGGGCCCGCCAGGAGCGACUGGACCGGGAGGAGAGACGAGACAGGCCCUCCAUCUACGUCAUUCCCUUCCCCGCAGUAUCUUAUGACAGCGAAGACAUCCACAGGCCUCCUCGCUACAGCACCUCAGAGUUCUCCAGCCCACCUCCGGCCUACAAUGAGGUAUUAGUCCAUCCUAAACACGAGGUGGAGAUGAAGCCAGACUUUAUCCACCCAGAGCUUCCUCCAGCCUACUCGGAGGUCUCCAACGCGCCUGUUUUCGCCCUGCAACCUUACUCGGCGUCUCCUGAACCCCACUCCCAACCAUAGGACCGUACCAGUUUAGGAAGCCUGCGAGGGGGAGGCCUGAAGCCACCGACUAAGGGAUAAAUGACACAGAAUAUGGCACAUACUGUAUGUGGAGUGGGGAUUCUGAAGCUGGAUAUGUACAUGUAUACCACAGAGACUUGGUCCUUGGGAUUGUUCAAUGGGGACGUGAGGUGGAAAGUUUGGAGACCAUAAGGAAAAGCAAGUGUUUGGACAUCUAUGAAAGUGUGUAACUGUAAAGCAGAAGUUGGGGACAAGAGAUUGAAUGGGGUUGCGUAGUAGCUACAGCUACCAAUCUGUACAUACCAGUGUGUAAAUAUUAAUACAUCUUUCAAAUUAAAUUUUUCAAGGUAUUACUUUUUCAAGGUGCCAUGGAACUUGUUGUGUAAUAUGGUAAAUAAAGUCUGUUUUCGUUACCAAAGA